UUCCAACCUCCUUCCGCAGAUGACACUCCAAGGAGCCUAUUCACGCACCACGCUUUAGAGCACACGGUCCUGUAUUGCCAUACCCGUGCGCAUCGUCAUGUGCGUCGCUUCGUCACCGAUCCCCGGGAGAUACUCAUCUACGCGGAUGGCUCAUGUCCUGAUCAGAGCGAUGCAGCCGCCUCGGCCAAACUCACUGCCGGUUGUGCCUUCGUUUUCAAACCCCCUCCAUACCCAAGAACCAGCUGCCAAUUCCGGCUCGAAAAUAAGGGCCCUACCGGCGAAGAGCAUCCACAGACCAAGAACCGUGCCGAGCUUCGCGCUGUCCUUGGAACCCUUGGGUAUCGUCAGUGGCAUGGAGAGGGUUGGCACAAGAUAGUCAUUGCUACUGACUCGGAAUACGUUGUACUUGGUGCCACUAAGAGAAUCGACGACUGGGCUCAAGGAGGAUGGAAGACUGAGGCCGAUAACCCAGUCGAAAAUGUUGAUCUGUGGAAGAUGCUACUUGCGGAGAUCAACUACUUUGCGAGCAAUGGUGUUGAGGUGGCAUUUUGGCGCAUUCCCAGGUCGCUCAAUAUGGCGAUUGGCCCGGCAGAAGAGGCGGCA